AUGCACCACAUCCUGACCCUCUUGCCGCCUGCGUGGGGCCAUUCCGUCAGCUAUCUGCAUUUAGCGCUCCAGAUGCUCAAGGCAGACACCACACUCGUCAUCUCCAUCCUUCAGCACAACCUUGUCGUUGCACAAAUGGAGAGAGAACUGGCGACGUGUGACUACGAUACUGCCCGCUUGCGCAUCAUUGGAGUCGGGGAUAAAACCAUCGUUUUCGGUCCAACAGCGGUUAUGGAGAUGUUCGGUCAAUUACUUGGCGGUUGGGCUGAAGCGCUCCCUGGUUUUGCGGCUGGGUCUCCGGAAUGGCCCAAGCCGCGGAGUAUCCAUCUCGAUUUUAGGUCCGGGGGACCUAUCAUCGAUGCGACCAAAGCAGCGAUGGGUCCGGAAUGCAAGCUGCUGAUGUGGUUUACCUGUGCGGGGAUGUCCCUCAAGGCUCAUUUCAACGAGUAUGACUGGAUUGGGAUCACUGAGGAGAUAUAUGCGGACGAAAAGCGCAGGGCUGGACGGUCUAAAGAGGAAAUCGGUGUCCAAGUCGCCACCGCCUGGAACGGUUCCGACAAAGUCUCUGGCAAAAUUGUCAGUAAUCCAGGAGUUGCCGACAUGUACGACUACGAACGUGUCUCGCUGGCCUCCGGCGUUCCCGUCGCGAAUUUCCCUAUCUUCUGUUCUGGGACAAAGAUGGCUCAAAUUGUGGACGGGUAUAUCAUCUGCUCCGGCAGGUUCUUUGAGCCAGUCGGCGUCCCUUUCCUGCGCGAGUUCUACAAGGAGAAGGGCCAAGAGCUGUUCACUGUCGGGUUCCAGUCGCAUGAGAAGUAUUUCGCCGACAAUGCCGUGCCAAAUCCGGUUACAAAUGAAACGGUGAAGUCGUUCCUGGACGAAGCCCUUGCAAAAUAUGGGAAGAAUUCCGCACUGUACAUCUCAUUUGGCUCUUUGUUUUUCCCAGUGGCUACGCCUAAGCACAUCGAAGCUCUGAUCGAGACCCUUCUAUCGCUGGAGCAGCCAUUCCCGUUCAUUUUUGCCCUCGGCGGAUCGAUGGCCUCCCUCCCGCAAGAGCUUAUCGACCGCGUCAACAAAAGCGGCAAGGGACUCGUGUGCGACUACUGGGUGGAACAACGAGCGAUUUUGCAACACGAUGCCCUGGGAUGGUUCUUGACUCAUGGUGGCUGGAACUCCGUGACAGAGGCGUUUCUCGUGGGUCUGCCUCUGAUCAUCUGGCCAGCGGGAGCGGAACAGCCAAUCAACGCUGCCUUUCUUUCCGCAGAACCAGAUCCCGUCGCAAUCGAGCUGCUUCAGAUUCGCACAGGAGAUGCAAUUGGGCCUUCUCUGCGUCACGGGGAUGAGGUCAAAAUCACAGGAACUGUGGAGGACGCCGUCGCCGAGUUCAAAACAGUUUUUGGCGGUGCGCGGGGCGAGAAAGGAGAGCGCUUGAGAGUUAAUGCGAAAAGGAUGGCGAAAGUCAUCAGGGAGGGGCGGAUAUCGGAGGCUCCAGGAGAAAUCCGGCGUCUGACCCAGCGCCAGUUUGCAACUGUGGCGGCUCUAUUGGCUAGCUAUGGCCAUGUGACGACGAUACGGGUCCUUAUCUGCUCUUCCCAGGUCAAUCCUCAACGAUUCACGAUGCCUGACAACAAGAAACGCGUCCUUUGCAGCUAUGGGGUUGACGUUGACGCGGUCGCCGGGUGGUUGGGUUCCUAUGGGGGAGAGGACAGCACGAGUGAUAUCAGUCGUGGCCUCUUUGCGGGAACUGUUGGUACCCGGCGACUUCUCAAACUCUUCGACAAGUACAACAUCAAGACGACCUGGUUCAUCCCUGGCCAUUCGCUCGAUACUUUCCCGGAAGAAUGUGCGCUCGUUCGGGAUGCUGGACACGAGAUUGGGCUACACGGCUACUCGCACGAAAACCCCAAGGACAUGACGCUCGAGCAACAACGCGACGUCCUCGACAAGACAUACCGCCAACUGACGGCGUUUUGUGGGGGAGUGCCGCCUCGAGGGAGCGUGGCGCCAUGGUGGGAAACCUCUCGUGAAGGGGCAGAGCUGCUGCUCAGCUAUGGCAUUGAGUACGACCAUUCGAUGGGGCAUGACGAUUGCCGGAUGUACUGGCUUCGAACGGGCGACGAGUGGACGAAGAUCGACUAUAGCCAGCCGGCGAAGACGUGGAUGAAGCCCCUUGUGCAGGGCAUACCGACAGGGCUGGUGGAGAUCCCAGCGAACUGGUACUUGGACGACUUGCCCCCGAUGAUGUUCAUCAAGAGUGCUCCAAACAGCCAUGGGUUCGUCAACGCCAGGGAUGUCGAGGCAAUUUGGAAGGACCACUUCGACUACUUCUACCGCGAAUACGACGAGUUCGUCUUCCCCAUGACGAUUCAUCCCGAUGUUUCUGGCCGUCCACAUGCCCUCCUCAUGCAGGAAAGAAUCAUUGAGCACAUCAAUAAGCACGAAGGAGUCGAGUGGGUGACGAUGGCGCAGAUGUGCGAUGAGUUCAAAAGCAAGAAUAUGGUUCCGGCUGGCGCCUUGCUACCCGCAUCGCGGCAAGAGGUUAACUCGAUGCUCAGCUCGUAA